ACAUUCGAUCGAAAUCAGCUGUUCUUGCAUUAUAUUAUAAAUUACAAUAGAAUACGGUGUGCCUCAUCAACAAAAAGUAAAUGCCGGAAUUUUUUGGCAAAAAAAGUCCGUUCAUUCUUUUAAUAUUUCGGUCCUGGCUUGCCUGGUGCCAACCACAUAUUGCGUAUUUACACAUGAGCAACAAUGAGUUCUAAAGAAAAGGAUAACAAAACCCUUCCGGCCAGAUUUAAAGAUUUUUUUAACCGUAAGGCCCAUUUAACUACUCAUCCAGGCAAAGGCGAGUUCACACUCUCCCAAGAACGAAUUCGUGAUAUAAGCCGCGACUCUCCUUUACAAACCAGACUUAAAACCCUUAAAGAGUUAUCUGAUAAAGUUCAGCAUGAUAAACUGGCUGAUAAUGUAGUGGAAAUAUUAUGGAGCUGCACAGAGGACCUUUUCUCCACAGAAAACACGGCUGAAACAAGACACCAGGCUUUUUAUUUUAUGCAAUGUUUGGUCAAGGGCCAGAGCGAGAAGUUAAAAGAUAAACCUAUGAGAGCUCAGUUUUUUAGGCUGAUUAAACAUCAUGACCAUCCUGAGGAUAUUGCACAGAAACUGGAUUUGCUUAUUGCUCUUACUUCUAAUGGUAAAGUGGUGUUAUCCUUUGAAGAAGAAAUAGGACGUUUCUUACUUAAUUGGCUACCAGAAAUAUCUAGAGUAGGGCAAAUUGAGAAAUAUUUAGCCAUGAUUGAUAAUGUGAUACAUUUUAAUGCUGCAUACUUAGAUGAGGAGAUAAUAAAUGGCAUUAUUGAGCACAUUUGUUUACUUUGUGGCCCUACCAGUCAAAGCACCACAAUAAUUAUAUGCUUAUCCAUUAUGUCCAGUAUAGUAGCUUAUUGCAACAUGUCUCCAGAUGCUUUACCAAAGUUUAUCGGAGCACUUUGUAGGACAGUUAUUGAUAAGAAGUAUUGUGAGAGAAGUUGGCAGAUAAUGAAAACUUUAUUAGGAACACACAUGGGCCAUUCAACAGUUUACACCAUGUGCAGAAUAAUGCAAGAACCCACCCUAAGAUCGCACAUUGACCUCCUCAGGGGUGCAGUAUUUUUUACAAGAAAAGGCCUAUGGACCAACAUAUUUCUUCCAAAUUUAAAAUGUCCGCCCAGCUCCAUAUUACCGUGUUUACUACAAGCGGUUAAAUGUAAUCAUCCGUUUGUUGCUUACGAGGUAUCACUCGCAUUGCAACAGUUGGUAAACCAUUUCGGUAGGGAACUGUUGGAUUCGUCGUGGAUGAUUAUUUUACAAAUUAUUUCGCACUUAUUGUAUAUUGCCAGGACUGAGCACAGUCAUCACAAGAUGGUCGAGUUUAAAUCGAUUGUAAUGACCACAAUGAAUUCCAUGGAGAAUUUAAUUGAAAUGGGUCAUUAUAAUGGUGAUUUGAAGAGUUAUUACAAACUAGUUGAGGAGUGUGCCUUAGACAGACCUGACGAAAGUAUUUUAAAAUUAUUGGAUUAUUUAUCGAAAAACAUUAAUCCUUUACAGCACUUGUGGAUGACGAACUUAUACAAUUUACUGUAUAAAUAUUUUAAGCCGGAAAUGAAAUCUUGCAUCCGCAUCAAAGUGAUUCAGAUAUUAACGGACAUUUUUAAACUGAACAGGGAACAGUACGAAGAAGAGCUCAUAGAAAGAAUCGUCAUCCCUCAUAUGACCCACGUGAUAACUGAGAACAAUAUACUUAUAAGAACUUCAGUUAUAAAAAUGCUUCUUGAAAUGUGCUCAUGCUGCGACUCCAAACGCUGUCUCGAGUUACUGGAUAUACUAGAAAAGUUGCUGUUUCGCCCCUUCGAUACUCCACACGCGGACUCGGACUAUCAAGAUAUUUCGUGCCUUGUGAGUGGACUGACCACUUUGUUUGUCAAGAAAAUCCAUAAGUUACCCUCCUCACAUGCGGUGAGGAUUUGCAAUAUGCUCGUUGAGUUUUUGGAAAAACACUACGAGACUCCCGGAGUGUUUCAGGGUACUCGGCAAAUUCGAUAUACGAUAUUCGACUGUUUUCUAAAAAUGCGUGCGGACCCUCUAUACCACCUGGGCUAUCCCGAAGGAAACACUUUAAAAUUCAGUCCGUAUUUGUGCGUCGUUUAUCGCGCUUCGAUGCAUUCGCCUCCACCGCAAUCCCCUGCGAUAGCCCCCCAACUGACUUGCAGCGUCACCUAUAUUUCACUCAGGAGGGCCUUUAAAGUGAUUAUAAGCUGUUUGAAAGUGGAAAAAGAUUGGGAAGUGUUAAAUCUGGUCCUCACCGGGAUAGCCAAGGGCCUGCAAAACAAAUCAUUAGUAUUGGGCAAAGGGAAUAGCGAACUCGAUUUGCUAGUAAGCAUGCUAUGCUCCAUGGUUUCUGAUAAAAGUCUGAACUUACCCGAGUCUUUAAGUGUAAAGAUCAGCAAGGCGGAUUUUCAUUCAAUAGUUUCGUUAGUUUUGGUUAAUUUGGCCUCUUACCACUCUUACUUGGAUAACAUGAGCCAAACCAAGAUGAUCAGGUGUAUCAUGAAGUGCAUCCAAAGCGCUCCGAAAAGUUCCAAGCCCUGUAUAUCGGCGUUGACGAUUUGCACUCUAGAGAUGAAGGAUGCCAUGGUGAAAACCUUACCCGAGGUUUUAUUGGCUUUGACGAAGAUGUCUCCUACUAAUCACGUUGCUGUUCCCGUUUUGGAGUUUCUGUCUACGAUAACCCAGCUCCCAGCCCUUUUUACGAACUUCGUAGCGGACGAAUACAUCCGUGUCUUCGCCGUGGCCUUGCCCUUCAGCAAUCCCUUCAAAUUCAACCACUACAUCGUCUCAUUGGCACACCACGUUAUAGCGGUUUGGUUUUUAAAGUGUCGCCUCACUUUUAGAAGGGAUUUCGUCAGAUUCAUCAUUAACGGCUUAAAAACGAACCUUCAGCCACCGUUCGAUCAAACCAGACCCUCUGAGGAAUCCCUUUAUUCGAAACUAGAUUUUGCCAGUUUAAAUCAUGACAGUUCCGACCGGAAACGUUCGUCAAGUUUAACAGAACAAGGUUCUAGAAGAAGAGACGAUAGUGCGGUGGCGGUCCGCAUGGAUAAGGGCCUAAUGAAGAGAAGCCAGGCGGCAAAUAAAUUAAUUUGCAACUUUUAUGAGGAAUUAAACGAGACUUGUAUCGAUUUGAUGGCCAGAUAUGCAUUUUCUCCUUGCAGUGCCCUACCAAAAAGGUUGCCUGGAGCGGAAUUUUUACUAGACGGAGGCCAAUCGAUGACUUGGCUGGUAGGCAACAAACUGGUCACGGUGACCACCAGCGGUUGCUCCCAGAAAAUCUUAAAGCAAGGCCUGUGCGAUAAGUGUUGGAGCAUGUGCAACACCAAAACCGAUAAGAGACUCUUGACCGCCGGUAGCAGCAGUAGUACAGAGCCCAGCAGACAAAACUCUAACGAAAAAUCCAACAAUUCGGUGGGGUCGCCGCAAGAAGAGUGUGCCAACAAGUUGGGCGAGGAGUCCGUAGCCGGUAAACUUCAAGAAAUGUUUAAGACUACAGAAAAAAAAGAGGAUAAAUAUACUUGUUCUUGUUGGUGCCAAGGGUGGGCAGAGAUAUUUAUCAGAAGGCCCACAGGCGAUAUGUCUUGGGUAAUGCGAAUCCAGAAUGAUAUAAGUCACUCGCAUUACUUCACUGAUUUUCCAUUUAACGAAUUAUCAACGCUGUAUAUGCCCUCGUUGUACGACGAGCCUCAGAGACCUCUCUUAGUGAGGCAGGACACUUUUGACGAUAAUCACAGUAAUUGUGAAGAUGAGGCCGUUAGUGGGCAAGGUAAUCCCUUAAAAAGUAAAGAAUUUUCAAAUAAUUUUAAAAUUACAGGUUCCCCCAAGCAAAUCCCUUCCAGACAAAACUCUCAAGAUAGUAUCGAAGAGGAGAACGACGAGAUCGUUUACGAAGACGGGACAAAAGCGAGAAAUCCGGUGCGCAGAAGCAACUCAAGCCCCGAAAUGUCAGCGGGUUGGAAAAACCCUUUUCACAAACUCAGUUCGUCUUCAACAUCCUCUGAAGGCGACAGUACCGACGACAAAAAGGGCAAAAUGUAUUCGAAAGAUAUGAGAGUCAGUUGUGAAGCGAUUCCCGAAGAAAUUGCAGGUAGUCCACCCCAAUCUGAUUCCCAACAACCGUUGACUACUGCACCCCAUCCCUCAUUGUUAAGCUACCACAGUUUCCCGGGAGUCUCGUCAGAGGCGUCCCAGAUCGCUCCGAAACAGUUCCAGACAGUGCCGCCCUCUCCCGCCCUCCAGAGCGAUUCGUUUACUAGUCGUCCCACCACUUUACCGACCGCUUUUGGUUCUUUACAGCCGGUUACCGGAAAACCGCCCCAGAGUCCCACCCAAACCAGUCCCAGAUUGGCCAGACACGUGAAUAAAGGUGGCCAAGAGCUUCAAAAGAGCUCAUCUUCCUCGGUUGUAUUGGACCGUAACAAUCAUCUCAUUCAAGCCAGAGAAGCGGCCAAAGAGCGAAAAAAUAGCGGAAAUACGGAGAGAUUGGCUGCGUUAGACCCUCACCAGCCACAAAGGAGAGAUAGACUUCAUACUAUAUCGGUUAUGAGCCCUGCUAAUGUUAAACCGAGGUCUGAAAUAUUUAGACAUAGAAGCGGCGUAAAUCCGAGCUUCGUCUUUCUCCAAUUAUACAACGACCCACAAGGGGUAGAAAAGCCGCUACUACUAAACUCGAGCGAUAUGGUCAACCGGGCGGUAAACAUUUUGGAUAAAAUGUCCCCAUACGAAACCCACACGGUGGGCGUGUUAUACAUACGGGAGGGUCAAGUGAACAACGAAGUGGAAAUAAUGAAAAACCGCUUUGGGUCGUUGCGGUACGUGAAAUUUUUACAGAAUUUGGGCACCUUAGUGAAAAUAUCGGACGUGGAUCCCCAAGUGUUGGGCGGUUUGGAUCGAAACGGAGCAGACGGGAAAUUCACUUAUUUGUGGCAAGACGAUAUUGUCAGGGUGAAUUUUCAUAUUGCCACCAUGAUGCCUAAUAAGGAAAACGAGCCGAAUUGUAACAAUAAAAAGAUGCAUAUUGGAAACGAUUAUGUUAAUAUCGUUUAUAAUGAGAGUGGUGAGGAGUUUGAUAUGAAAACGAUCAAAAGUCAAUUUAACUUUGCCAGCAUAAUAAUCCAACCGUUGGAUCAUAACAUUAACAGGGUGGUUGUGAAGAUAAAAGACGAACUGAAAGACCUGGCGGCGAUCGGUAGCGAAGCGAAAGUGGUAUCGGACCAAAACGUCGCCAUAUUAGCGAGACAACUGGCCAUACACGCUAACUUGGCCUCAUUGGUGGCGCGGUCGCUCAAACACAACCCGAAUGAUCCAUAUGCCUCCAAUUGGCUGGAGAGACUGAGACAGAUAAAGAAGAUUCGCAAGAGGGUACUAGACGAGCUGAAGAACGACCAGCAAAGUAUUUACCCCUCCGAGGAAAUUAAAAGUAGGAAACCGGUCGAGGAUUUUACUGAAUAUUCGUGAAUACUUUUUAAUUCUAUAUCUAUUUUUUUUUAUUUUUGAAGAAAUGACACGUCUAUAGUAUUAUUACUUCUUCUAUUCAGCUUCAGUGAAGUCACGUAUAUUAGCAUGAAUAAAUACAUGUUUUUACAUGAA